AUGGACCAUAGGAGGGAAGAAGUUAAUGAAGAACAUUAUGAAGAUGAAGGAGAGGAACACUGUGAAAGACAAGAGCAUAGGGAAGUGGAAGAUGAGAUGGACCCUGAGGAGAGGAAGCUUGUUAGGAUUUUGAAGGUAGAACAAAAAAAUGGAGGGAAAGGACAUGUGGAGGUACCUAUCUAUCAAGGGAAGAUGGAUAGUGAAGAAGUGUUGGGUUGGCUGGAUGCCUUGGAGAACUACUUUGAGUAUGAGGAGAUGGAGGAUGAGAAGAGAGUGAAGUUUGCAAAAACAAAGCUUAGAGGAACUACUUUAACUUGGUGGAAAAGUUUACAAAAUGAUAGAAUGUCUAGGGGGUUGACAAGAAUCACAAAUUGGGCAAGGAUGAAGAACCUCAUCAAGGAGAAAUUCUUGCCUUCAGAUUAUAGCAUACAUGUGAAGAGGAUGAGACAACAUUUGAAACAGAAAGACAUGGAUGUAAUGGCAUAUAUUGAACAAUUUCAUAAAUUGAGUAUUAGGGGAGGAUAUGAGGAAGAAGAUGAGAAGGUAGCCAGGUAUAUCAAUGGCUUGAAGUAUCAUUUGCAGGAUGAGAUUGGUCUACAAGUACCAAGGACCAUUGGUGAAUGUUAUCAGUUGGCUAUUAGAGCAGAAGAAAAGGUGAGGAGAAGACAAGAAAGGUCAAGAAGAGGAGGUAAUACAAAUAGAGGAAGAGGUGGUAGAGGUCAAGGACCAAAAAAUGAUGACAAGGGCAAGGAAUCAUUUUCAGAAUCAAGGGGUGGAUACAAUCAGAGAGGAGGAAGAGGAUUUGGUCAAGGAAGGGGCACAUUUAGAUGUUACUAUUGCAAUGAACUAGGACACCCAUCAUUCAAAUGUCCUAAAUGGAAUGAGGACAAGAAGGAAAGGAAGGUUAAUUUGACACAAGAAAACAAAAAGGAAGAACAAGAAGAAGAAAUCAUGAUACCACCAGAGGAAGGAGAGUUGUUACUCAUGGGGAAAGUACAACUAUCAUAG